GUGCAUCAUAUACCAAUUCCUUUGUUUCAAGACAUUGCCGAGGAAAAAGAUAUCAGUUCUUGCAUACCUGCGUAAGACAAGAAACAAAUUGCGAACCAUUACCCGCAAAACCCCAUUCCAAAAGGAUCAGCGCAUACCCGUAGCAAUUGGAUCUCGUACAUACAUCAAGAGAUACCUUCGACUCCGCUUGAGCGCAUUGCUCGCAAUUCCACAUCAUGUCCGCAAAAUCGACACAAGGCCCUGGCGGCAAGAAGCCUGCCUCGGCCGCUACUAAUCUGAUUGCUGGUGGAGGAGCUGGUAUGAUGGAAGCGCUCGUGUGCCAUCCCUUAGACACAAUCAAAGUGCGAAUGCAGCUUUCGAGAAGAGCUCGCGCUCCCGGCGCGCCUAAACGCGGCUUCAUCAAAACCGGAUCCGAGAUCGUGAAACGGGAGACACCGCUCGGUCUCUACAAGGGACUUGGAGCCGUCCUCACGGGAAUCGUGCCCAAGAUGGCCAUUCGGUUCACCAGUUACGAGUGGUACAAGCAAAUGCUCGCUGAUGGACAGGGAAAUGUGACUGGACAGGCUACGUUUUCUGCCGGACUCGCCGCAGGUGUAACCGAAGCCGUCGCCGUCGUGACACCCAUGGAAGUCGUCAAAAUCCGACUCCAAGCCCAACAUCACUCAAUGGCGGACCCGCUCGACGUCCCCAAGUACCGCAACGCCGCGCACGCCCUCUACACCGUGGUCAAGGAAGAAGGGUUCGGCGCCCUGUACCGCGGCGUGUCGCUCACUGCGCUCCGCCAGGGGUCCAACCAGGCCGUCAACUUCACGGCGUACAGCGAGUUCCGCGCGCGGCUCCAGGACUGGCAGGGCACGACCGACCUGCCGAGCUGGCAGACGAUGUUCAUUGGGUUGGUGAGCGGUGCGAUGGGCCCGCUCAGCAAUGCGCCGAUCGAUACGAUUAAGACAAGGUUGCAGAAGACGCCUGCGGAGCCUGGGCAGACGGCUGUGAGUAGGAUUGUUAAUAUCUCGAAGGACAUGUGGAAACAGGAAGGCAGUCGGAGCUUCUACAAGGGUAUCACUCCUCGCAUCAUGCGUGUGGCGCCCGGCCAGGCCGUUACGUUCACCGUGUACGAGUACCUCAAGGGCGUGCUCGAGAAGGGCAGGGAGAUGAUACCGGGUGGGCAGUACGAGGAGUAGAGUUCCUUUAUUCUAUCUCCAUUUUUGUGUUUGGUGAGGAAUGAUGGAGGCUGUAAAUACGUGAACAU